UCUGGCGAGGUCAAUAUCCCCCGGAAGCGAAAAGUCAUGUGUAGUGAACACAAGGAUGAAUGCGUGAAGUUCCUGUGCAAAGAUUGCAAGAAACUCACCUGUCAAACCUGCUGCAUUAUCUAUCACAGAAAAUGUGAGUCAGUUGUCACACUAGAGUCGGAAUUUCCUGCUUUAAAAUCUAAACUGCUGAAUGAGAAGGAAAAUAUACUCAAGAAACAAAUGCUUAUGGAAAAGAAAGUCGAUACAGUUAAAUCUAAUGUCAUCACUGAGAAAGAUCGAUAUGUGCAAAUGGAAUCGAAGAUCAAGUCCAACGGAAUCAAGGCGAGGGAGACAAUCACUCUUAAGGAAAAUAAACUUUUAGAUGAACUGAAAGAAAUCUCAGAUAGGCACAUUGAACAGUUGAACGCACACAUUAAGUCAGCGGAAAUAUCAGUACAGAUGUACCGACAACAGGCUGAACUAAUUGACCAGACUCUACAAUCUGACUGUGACAUGAAUGUGUAUGAGAUGUACCAGGGAUGUGAUGCCGGUGAUGUGGAGGAUGUCAGACACACAGACUUGAAGGAGAAGGGAAGAAUAGCCAGGAUCUCGUUCAGACAGGACCCUGACAAGCUGAGUAAAGCAGUGGACGAUCUACAGCUGGGUGAGAUAGACGUUCUGUAUGACGGUGUGAUGGACCUGGCGGCUACACCUGUGUUACGAGACACGAUCAUCGUCACUGUAGCCGGCGAUACGAGUGAUGCAUUGCCUCUUGACGUGACAGCGCUAGUGAUACAUGAUACACAUACAGUUGUAACCACAGAUAACAUCAACAUGAGUGUGAAGUCUUUCUAUACCAGAGAUAAUCAGUCACGCCAUAGCAAGCUCAGACUGGAUAGUCAACCGUGGGGUCUGACAAAGUUACAACACAAUCAAGUGGCUGUCACCGUUCAGAAUAAAACAAUCAUAACGGUUGAAGUCAACCCUGACCUGGUGAUGCUGUCAACCAUCAAAACAGACAAACAGUACUUGGGUAUAACAUCCCUGACCCCAUCAACACUUGCAGCAGGUUCCGAGUCUCCUCCCUGUGUGGAUAUUCUGGAUAUGACAGGAAACGUGCUGAGGUCAGUCAGCCCACUCUGUGGUGAAACGAAGAUCCUGAAAAAUCCUUACUUUCUUUGCACCAAAAGAACAGGAAACAUUCUUGUGUCCGACUAUGGUUCCCAGCGUGUCUUGUGCCUGACACCUGAAGGGGACGUUGUGUUCACCUACACCCCGACAGGACACACAACACAGGUGAUUCCACGGGGCAUCAUAAAUACCAGCACAGGUGACAUUCUGGUUGCUCUAUACUCUCAGAAUAAUGUGGUUCAUCUGACUGAGUCAGGCCAGUUUGUUAGGAACUUACUUACAGCAAGUGACGACGUCGAUAAUCCGUACGGUGUUUGUGCAGAUGAUCGGGGCUAUGUGUAUGUUUGUAAUCUUAACUCAGGUGACAUCAACGUUUUCACAUGUAGUGACACAGAAUAGAUAACUGAUUCAUACUCAAACUCUAUUCCACCUGAUAAUAUGAUGAUUAAGAACAUAAACUGCAAUUUGCACAUGGAUUAUAAGUGAGGCGUAGACACCUGCCCAUACUCUACACAGAGAGAGAGAGAGAGAGAGAGAGAGAGAGAGAGAGAGAGAGAGACAGAGAGAGAGACAAAGAGAGAGAGAGAGUGAGAGAGAGAGAGAGAGUUUAACGACUGAUAUUAUUUACCAUUGCAUCUGUACUUUCAGGCACUUAAAUUAAUAACAACAUAAUUGCAAAUGUAUGUCUGAACACAGACAAAUCUAUAUUAAUUGAUUCAUAUAAACAUUAAUAAAUUGGCUUUAAUGUCUUUA